CCAACCAAGCUUGCUGGGCUAGCUUUAAUCAAUGCUGGCCUGAAAACAGGAGCAGAACGCUGCCUGGUAGACCCUGAGGCUUUACCACAGUGCCACUGACCCCUAUGAGCCUGAUGCUGGAUGACCAUGCCACUGUGGAGGCCCAGUAUGCAGAGGAGGGCCAAGGACCUGGGAUCUUCAGAGCAGAGCCUGGAGGCCAGCAGCAUCCUGUUUCUCAAGCUGGGCGCUGGUGCUCCUUGCGACGUGGCUGUGCAGUGCCGGGAGCCCUGGGGCUGUUGGCUGGUGUGGGUGUCGGCUCGUGGCUCCUAGUGCUGUAUCUGUGGCCAGCUGCCUCUCAGCCCAUUUCCGGGACCUUGCAAGAUGAGGAGAUAACUUUGAGCUGCUCAGAGGUGAGCAGUGAGGAAGCUCCGCUCCCUGCACUUCCCAAAACAGUAUCUUUCAGAAUAAGCAGCAAAGACUUCUUGCUGGAAGUGCAAGUGAGGGAUUGGCCGCACUGGCUCCUGGUCUGCCAUGAGGGCUGGAGCCCCGCUCUGGGGCUGCAGAUCUGUUGGAGCCUUGGGCAUCUCAGACUCACUCACCACAAGGGAGUGAACCUGUCUGAUAUCACACUCAACAGCUCCCAGGAGUUUGCUCAGCUCUCUCCUGCACUGGGAGGCUUCCUGGAGGAGGCGUGGCAGUCCAGGAACAACUGCACUUCUGGUCGAGUUGUUUCCCUCAGAUGCUCUGAGUGUGGAGCAAGACCCCUGGCUUCCCGGAUAGUUGGUGGGCAGGCUGUGGCUCCUGGGCGCUGGCCGUGGCAGGUCAUCGUGGCUCUGGGCUUCCGACACACAUGCGGGGGUUCUGUGCUAGGGCCACACUGGGUGGUGACUGCUGCACAUUGUAUGCACAGUUUCAGGCUAUCCCGGCUGUCCAGCUGGCGGGUUUAUGCAGGGCUGGUCAGCCACAGUGCGGUCAGGCCCCACCAGGGGGCUGUGGUGGAGAGGAUUAUUUCACACCCACUCUACAGUGCCCAGAAUCAUGACUAUGACAUCGCCCUCUUGCGGCUCCGGACCCCUCUCAACUUCUCAGACACCAUGGGCGCUGUGUGCCUGCCAGCCAAGGAGCAGCAUUUUCCGAAGGGCUCGCAGUGCUGGGUGUCUGGCUGGGGCCACACCGACUCCAGCCAUACUUACAGCUCGGACAUGCUUCAGGACACGGUGGUGCCCCUGCUCAGCACUCAGCUCUGCAACAGCUCUUGCAUGUACAGUGGAGCCCUUACGCCCCGCAUGCUUUGUGCUGGCUACCUGGAUGGAAGGGCCGAUGCAUGCCAGGGGGAUAGCGGGGGCCCCUUGGUGUGCCCAGAUGGGGACACAUGGCGCCUGGUGGGGGUGGUCAGCUGGGGUCGUGGCUGUGCAGAGCCCAAUCACCCAGGUGUCUACGCCAAGGUAGCUGAGUUUCUGGACUGGAUCCAUGACACUGCUCAGGCGGUUACCAGUGGCCACAUUCCCUGCACUGCAGAGAGAGCUCAGCACUUAGCAGUUUGGGUUCUGCAUCUAUGUAAAUUGUGUGACUCUGGGCAAGCCACUCUCCUUCAUCUGUUCAAUCGGAAGGCCAAGACUCCCUCCUCUGAGUCCUGCUGUUUCCUCCAGUCCCACUGCAUACUGUCACCUCAUGCUUCCUGGGGUCUCCAGCAGCUCCACUACCAGAGACGCAGCAGCCUCCGACCCCAAAGGCAUGGACCUCCCACUACUGCGUGCGAGGAAUAGUCACCACCCAUCGGCCAGCCACCCAGCCACCGGGCCUCUCCUGUUGGGCCCUGAUUUCAGAGUCCUCUUUCUCAUUAGAGACUCAAUGACAGGAGAGAGGCUGGGCCUGGGUUGGGAAUGCUGUGGAGGGGGAGGAGGAAAGAGGCAGGAGCUGGAGAAGAAGAGGCUGCUGGAAGCAGCAGGAAGCCUGCCCUUCUGCCCUCUCUUCUCCCAGCCCCGUGUGAGUCAUUUGGGAGCAUGCUGGGAGGUGUUCCCAGUGCUGUUUUUCCCUGUGCUCUCAGGUUGGCUAAGUGCCUCCCUAGAGGAUUCUGUGGCUGAGAGGCUCCUGGGCAGAUGGGGUCAAGGCUGGGCCAGCCCAGAUGAAGCCAAUGGGAGGCAGGAUCUUCUCCACUCUCCCUUUCCAUUCCCCUUCCUGUUCUCACAUGGCUCUGGCUGGCCCUGGGGUGGGGGCACUGGAAAACAAGAAGGUUGGAGUUGGUCUAGGAUGUUGGUUUUAAAUGACAGUUCUGUGAACUGGUCCAAGGAGUUCUGUUAUUAAAGUGAUACAUGGUCU